AUUAUAAAUUUUUUAGUUCUUGUUGAUUUUAAAAUGUAUGUCAUUUAUGGUGGUCGUUUACACUUAUACUCUAUGAAUAUGUCAAAUGUAGUUGUUAUUUUCCAUGAUUUUCAUAUUGAGGUUGUUUGUUCAUGAAUUUAAUGUAGAAAAUGUUUUAGUUUAAUGUAGAGAAUGUUUGAAUGCGAACCCUAAAUUUGAGUUUAAUUUAGAGAAUGUUUGAACGCAAAACCUAAAUUUAAUCAAUGUUGUUAUGUAGUAUAUAUUUAUGAACUUGAUGUUGAUGUUGAUUUUGUACGUAUUGUUGUAGAAAUGGCUUCAUUUCGUGUGAUUGUUGUAUGCUUUUGGAAUGGUUCAAUUCGAUCAAGUAGUAAUAAUGUUAAGUAUGUUGGGGGAAGACGUAAACUGUUUGCAUGCAACUCAAACAUGGAUUUGAAUGAAUUUAAACAUCUUAUAUGCUCUAAGAUUGGCUUUGACACUACAAGAAGUAUUGUUAAUGUAAGUUUUAAGUACAAUAUGAGUGGAGAUUUGUUAGCUUUUCCGGUUGAGGAUGAGGAGGCUAUAUAUGCAAUGUGGGAGUGCUCAAAGUUUACCUCUAUUCCUUCUUUAGAGUUAUAUGUAGAAGAGGUUCCCAUAGGGAAUCAAGAUGUCAAUGUUGUAGAAACAAAUGCAUUCCUGAAUGUGACUUCUUCUGCUCCUUCUCAUACCCCCUCUGCUACCCAAGAAACCCAAAAUCCCAUUAUGCCAUCUUCCUCUUCUCCUUUUAAUGAACCCAAUCAACUUCAAAUUCAAGUCUCAAAUGAUGAUACUUUUAACUUAGAAGAUACAAAUGAGCCUUGGGGUGAUGUUAAUAGUGAGAGUAAUGAAUUCGUAGAAGCUCCUUCUGAGGACGAUGUGGGUGUUGACGAGGAGGCUCUAGCUAAUGACAUGAGCUUAGGCAACAUUCCAACAAUCAUUGCUCCUACACCUUAUGCACUAGUUCCCCCUAUAGAUGAACACGUUGAAGACAACUCUUGGAGGUCUUGGGAUUGUGAUACAACCUACACCGAUGAAAGAAAGUUUCAAAAAGUUAUGAUGUUUGAUAACAAAGAUGCCUUGUUGGACGCUGUUAGAUUGUAUCAUAUUCGUAGGAACGUUGAGUACCGAACUGAGACUUUAAAUCAAACUGUGCUCACCUUAAAGUGUAAGAGAGGGUGUGCUUGGAGGCUUAGGGCUAGGAAGAGCUCCUAUUCACCUUCAUGGGAGAUUGUUACAUAUAAAGGGAAGCAUGAGGGUUGUGUAUUAAAUACUGAAAAUGUGUCAGCUAGAUACAUUCAUUUGACAUAUUCCGUGAUUAACAAUCUUAUUAGAAACUGUGUUGCUGAAGACCCAUCAAUUAAGGUCUCUGUGGUGCGACAAAUGGUGAAAGACCAAUUUGGUGUCGAUGUGACCUAUAAGCGGGCAUGGUAUGCUAAACAACAAGGCCUUCUCUCCAUCUAUGGUACAUGGGAAGAUUCUUAUCCUCUUCUUCCACGCUUCUUGAAAGCAUUGCAUGUUUCUAACCCCGGGACUGUAGUUGAGUGGUUCUUUAAGGAAGAUAAUGAUGUUGGUGUGUACGUCUAUCCUAGUAUUAGAACUUUCCAACGUGUGUUCUGGGCUUUUAAACCUAGUAUUGAGGAGUUUAAGUAUUGCAAACCCCUUAUUGCCAUUGACGGAACACAUUUGUAUGGUAAGUAUCGCCAUACGUUGUUAACUGCGAUUGCUCAAGAUGGGAACAAGUGAAUCUUCCCGCUUGCCUUUGCUUUGGUCGAGAAAGAAUGCAUAGUCGCGUGGUCUUGGUUUAUGGCGUGUGUUCGUAAGCAUGUGAUGCAUAGUCCAGGUUUAUGUUUUAUUUCCGAUAGACAUGUGGGCAUUCUAGCAACCAUGGAGGAGCCGGAAUGGCAACCUCCGAAUGCCCAUCAUAGGUUUUGCUUGCGGCAUUUGUUAAGUAACUUCAACCGUCAAAUGGGUAAUGUGAAAUUGAAGAACAUGUAUGGAAGGAUUGCAGAGCAAAGACAACCACAUAAGGUCAUCGAGGGAUUGAAGGCCAUUGGUGUUGCUAAUCAAGAAGCUCUUUUUUGGAUUGAUCAAGUUGGUGAUAUGUGUAAAUGGUCAAUAUGUCAUGAUGGAGGGUAUAGGUAUGGUGUUACUAAUACCAUCUUAGCCGAAGUAUUCAAUAACGUGAUGAAGGGUGUACGUUUCUUGCCCAUAAUUACUCUUGUUGAGUUCACCUUCUAUCGUGUUAAUGAUUAUUUUGUUAAAAGACGCGAGAAUGCAAAUGCAUGGCUAAUUGGGGGAAGUAAGUACACUUCACACGCCACAAGAAUUAUCACCCGUAACACUGAGAAGUCAAACUACCAUGAGAUCGUCGCAUUUGACUACAGACGAGGCCUUUUUCAAGUUAAGACUGGACGUGGUAAUAGAGGAUCCGCCAUGGGUGGUAAAAUACAAAGUGUGGAUAUGAGAGAGAUGAAAUGCACUUGUAACAAACUCUCCAUAUAUCACUUAACUUGUUCUCAUGUUCUUGCCGUUUGUAUUAAACGACACUUAUCGUAUGAGCAUUUUGUGGACUCCUGCUACACGACCCAGAGAUAUGUGAAUACAUAUGAAUCCAUAUUAUUGGUGUUGAUUGAUAAGAGGUCAUGGCCUCAAUACACCGGUGUUGAGGUGAUACACGAUCCAGAUCACAUUCGUGGACUAGGGAGACCUAAGUCAAGGAGGAUCACCAACGAGAUGGAUGAAGGAUCAAGGAGACGCAACGCUUGUCGACGGUGUGGUAGUGAAGGUCACAACACUAGAACUUGCACGUCAAGGUAAACAGUAUCUGUAUUUGCGUAUAUGAACAUAAAGACUAUAAAACAAAUACAUAACAUAAGUAAACAAUUUGAGUAUUUCUUAAGUCUUUUUACAUAUAAUCAUAACUACAAGGACCCACACAGGAUCGGGCGUAGGGUUCUACCACAAUCAACUCGAUCUACUUCGAGCUGACUAGGUAAAAACUUCACUACAACUAGUCUUGUAACCAUCAUGUUGCGUAAUUUAUUAAUUACAUUUUCAAGUGUAGUUUUGAUGGGACCCUUAUCCCGCUGAGGCAUACGCUGCAUUGCCUCAACACUCAGGGAUCUUGUCAGGGGCAUGGAGAACGUUUGUACAUUUGAUAUGCUUCGACAUAGUCGAAGUGCAUCUCCCUGAGCGCGUACUGCGCCAAUUUGGGAUGGUACAGGGUAUCCCGCCGCCUUUGUGGCGGAUCUCCAUCACAGCUCCCGCAAGGGUCGGGAGCCCAAGAAUUGGUUGGAGAUUAACAUGCGCCAUAUAGCUCGUUAGGAACACAGGCUGGAGCUGCUGGCCCAAGGUGCAUCGAUCGAGGCUAUAGGCGCACCUACUUCGGUGGAUUACAUGCCGGGGUUCUUCUCCUUCACUCGUUGAUGGAUGACACCACAAGGUAUCAUCGCGACAGCCUAGUACGCUCCCGCAACACCGACGAUGACACACUUUGCACAGGGCAUUGCAUCUGUCAUCAGCUCGACCCAAGAGGAGCCUGUAUGGGAGAUUGCCUAAGGCAUACUCCUAGGGACACAGUUUCAGCACUUCAUUCCAGAAGUCGUUGUGCCCCACACCACUAUGGACGAGUACGGGUCAUCUCCUUAUCAUGCCGACGUUCAUCUUGAUGAGGUAGACUUAACGUGCCCCGACUAUGGUGCCGGGUCCUCACAGGGUGCUACAUCAUCACAAUAUCAAUCACCUCCCCUACCCGAGCGUCAUGCAACGACCUCUUACUAUUGUAGGAGGUGUCGUAAACCGUCACAGGUAGACAGGGUUCAGGAGGAGGAUUAGCAUUAGAAUACUGUUUGUAUAUAUUGAACAGUAGUGACAUUUUGUAUAUAUUGAACAUUUGUACAUACUCAAAAUAUUUGUAACAUUUGAACUUUUGUUUUAAUUUGUAAUAUAUAAGUAGA